AAAAUAGUAAUUUUUCUGUCUUAGAAACAUUUUUACAUGUUUCGGCGUUGAUUUUGGUUAUUUUUAUUUAUUAUUGUUGAUGAUAAUUAUCGCAGAAAAUGUUUUCGUUUGGAAGUGAAAAUUCUAACCAGCUGAACGCUCACAACAUUAGGAUUACUGAACUUAAUCCGUCGACUUCAACCAUGUCUCAGCCACAAGGAAAGGUGAUUCAUCUCCCCAAAGUCAGGAUGCUCAGUCGUGGCGGCAGGGUGUCUUCUGGAGUACGCAUCACCAACGUGAAGUCCAUUAAACCACCAGACCCUGAAGUUGUGAAGAAACAGGAGGAGGAGAAACUUAGAGCUCAGCUUCAAAAGGAAAUUGUCUCUCGUUCCCGUCUCUGUGCCAACAAAAGCUACGAAUGCCUGCUCCCAGUUGUAUCCGGACGGCAGUACUGCUACCGCCAUAUUCUACGAGAUCCAACAGCGCCGUAUAGACAAUGUAACCAUACCUUCGGCAAUGGAGAGCGGUGUAAUAUGCCCGCUCCCAUUGAUUCUAGAGAUCAUAGAGAUCCAGGCUUAUGCUUCGAGCACGCCCGAGCAGCGCUGUACGCUCGGCAGCGCAGCGCGGCCGCUCCACCGCCCGUCGUCACUACAGAGACUCUGCUCAACCAGCUACAGCAUUAUGUUAAGCCAGAACGUCCUCGUACGACAUCCUGUGCAUCAUCAGUGUCAGUGGUCAGUGAUCCAGCUGAACAGGAACAGGCUGAACCACAAGUCGUUGAUCCUUUCAAACAACUAGACGCAACAUCAAUAAAUACUGCGUACGCUACAUCAAUGAUGGAGUGUGCCAGUUGUAGCGACAGUGACGGCGAGAGUGUGACGCUGGGCCCCGGCGGGGACUGUCGCGCGGGGGACCACGAGGACCUCUCCGAUACUGAGGACGCGCCCUGUGAGGACUUGCCACUCUGGAAAGCAGGAGUCUACACAGCUGAGGAAGCGGUCUCCGUAGCCAAGACGUGCCUGAAGUUGUUACAAUCUGCGUAUAUAAAGCAAAUGUCGAGGCUCCGAGUGUUACUGCAGAGCGCUAGACUUAAUUAUUUACGAGAUAUGAAGGCGGAGAAGGAACAGUAUUGCAGUAUAAACGCACAAUCCCGUGGCGGUCCGCUGACAGUUCGCGAGCGGCGUCAACUGCGCAAAUUGAAGGCGUUCGCCAGCUACCAUAGAAAGCACGGACAGGACGCCGUGCUAGCUAGGAAACUGCAUCGGAAAAGGGAUAAGCUGAGCAGUACAUCGACAGCGACGCGUCCGCUACCGUCCCAGGCGCGGUGCACGUUCUCUGAGGGAGGAGUACGAUGUCCGGCGCACGUACUGCCCGCCGCGCGGCACUGUCUCAAGCAUAUACUGCACGAUACUAACCAGGUACUAUUCGCGCCUUGCGGCGACACUCGAGGAGUGGCUUCGUGUCGGGAGCCGGUCGCUAAGCUCCCUCUACCAUCCUCAGCGUGCCGCUACCACACCGACCCGCCUGUUUAUACUGUUUUUAAUUUGAAGAAGGACGGAUCCGACACAGAAUCGGAGCCACAAUCAACAUCAGACGAGUCUCACGUAGAAGAAGCUGAUGCUUCAACGGACGACCGCGUAGGCGUCCAGGAGCUGGAGGAAGUCGAGAUGACGUCCUUCAUUCCUCCAGAGCUAACGGAUGAAUGACGAAUAGCUGAACUGGUCUACCAAAUGUAUGAGGACUUUGGACAGUGAUAGACAGUGUUACAAAACGAUAUUUUCGUCUCAUUACAUGGGAUGUAUAACUUAAUUGGUGAAAAGUGAGUGUUAUAUUGUAUAUGAACGCCUCUGACUACCCCUUCGGCGGUUAAAAGGUGUGAUGUCGUGUUUGAACGUGUUUAAAAACUAUUACGGAGGAUAUUUUCCAAAGGACAUCAAAUAAUAGUGAUUUGUGCUGUGUAGUGCUGUGUAAACAACAUUUGGUAUCGAAAAAUGUGAUUAAAACUGUUAAAAUUUGGUGUGAGACUGACUUGCCUAAAGUGAAACAACUAUAACAAUGCCUUUUGACCUAGAAAAUGAAUCUAAAUUGCGUACAAAAUAGAAAUUGAGACCAUGACUUACAAAUUAGUGGCACAUAGCUUAAGAUAUUAUGUGAACUAUGAAAGAGUAGGAGAAAGAGAAACAGUAAAAAACUAAACGUUAUGUACUGAUGUUAAAUAAAACUUGUCAAAGCCUUGUAACUAUGACUUAUAGUUAGUGAAAAAUCAUUAUUUGUAAGAACUAUCAAAGAUUUAAAAUUGAAUGUAGGUAUAUGUGCUGAUAAAAAUAAGUGAUUUAAAACCUGCAAUACCUGCUAAAUGUAAUGAAUAUUCAUGCAGAAAUGAGUCAGUCAGUUAGUCAAAUAAUGGCCUGGCCCGACCGGAGUGAUACCACGGCCUCACAGAAAACCGACGUGAAACAUCGCUUGCGUUGUGUUUCGUCGUAUGAAUGAGGUUACUGGACGCCCAAUCUACAUCUCCAAAUGCCGGCAACGCUCUUGGUAACUCCUCUGGUGAUGUGGGUGUCCAUGGGCGACGCUGAUUGCUAAUUAUGAGGUGACUAGCGGACCCAACAGACGUUGUCCUGCAUAUCC